UCGCCCAUCUUGUCGGUUCUUCGGAUGCGCGGUCGUUAAUUUGUGAACGAGACCUCAGCUUGACGUAGCUCACGCAAGGUAUUCCGGAACGAUCGCUUUUCUUCACCGUUAUUUUUCGAGCGACUGGCUCGACGAAACUCCAGAGAAACGUGAUAGUUUAUCCACUCGACCUGGGCAAAACAUGUCAGACACACGGCGACGUCGAAAAUCCAAUCAGUCAUGCGGCUCCGACGAUCUCUCGGACUCGUACGAGGAGCUGAACGCGACAAAGGAGACUCAGAGUAGUGAACAGACUGAUGGACAUCAAGAUUCAGAAUGUGAUAUUUAUGAAAGUGAAGAUUCGGAAGCUGAAUCUCAAGAAGGUGGUGAACAACGUGAAAGCGGUGAUGGUCAAGAGGAAGAAAAGCCACAAAAGAAAUUAGAUGAUGACGAGGACAGACGUAAUCCGCAGUAUAUUCCGAAACGAGGAACGUUUUACGAGCAUGAUGAUCGUACAGCUGAUGAAGUAACUGAUAAUAAUACUGAAACACAAACAAGUGCAAAAGAAGUUAAGGAGAAGAAGGUAUGGAAGGAUAAGGAAGAUAGGUGGGAUCAUGAUAGAUAUAAUGAUGAAGAACAAGCUCCAAAAAGACCUGAAGAAUUGAUAGCAACAUAUGGUUAUGAUAUUAGAAAUGAAGAAGGACCACCUAGAGCUAGAAGGAGAAGAAGAUAUGGUCGUGGGCCUAACAAAUACACAAGAAAUUGGGAAGAUGAAGAUGCUUAUGGAAAAACUAUUACUCCUGGUAGAGGAAACAACAGACGCUUCCAGAAAAAUAGUGAAGAUUUUCCUGCUCUUGGUAAUAGUAAGAACGCUUCGAGUAAAGUGGAGGAACCUGUGAUUUCGUCAGCUUGGUAUAGUAGCAAGAACAAAACACAGAAUAAAACACAAAAUUUUCCACCACUUCAAUCUCAGCAAGAUAACACAAAGACUAAGCCUACUACUGUCUCCAAUACAUCCAUAAAUGAAAAUAAAACACCAGAGGAACCUACAAAUACAUCUUGGAAAAAAGAUAGCAAGCAUGCUGUUCAAAAUCAAAAUACAAAUGGAAAUGCAGGACCUGGUGGUGAUGCCGAAAAAUCAACUAAUAUCAAAACAUCGCCAAGGGAGAGUAGCAAGAGGAAUCCCCAAGAGUCUGUAAGCUUGGCCGCGAGUAGGACGCGUGGAAGGGGUUUCAAGUCCAAUGCUAAUAACAACAUGGUCACUAACAGAAUAGUUGAGAAUAAAUCGAAAGGACGUGGUCCUGGUCCGGUUACAAUUGAGAAUAGAAGGAACAACACUGCGCAGCACAAUGACGAGCACCAGCUUGCUCAUGAUAUGAAACAAAUCAAUAUUAAUGAUGGUAGUCAAUAUCAUCAGCCUGUACGACAUAACAAAGGCUUUUUUGCAUCCUCCAAUCAACAUAGAUCAAACACUGUACCACCUAGAAUGCAACAGCAGCAACAGUCACAUCAGCAACAAACACAUGCGCAACAACAAACAAUACAACAACAGCAGCAGCAAGAUAAUUCUGGAAGCAGACCUAAACGAUAUUCCAGUCUUCGUCAACGACCUACCAUUUCAGAAACUUCCGCACAACAGAAUUAUUCAUCUCAACAUGCUCAACAUGGAUAUUUUCCACCUCAAGCUGGAAAUUCAAGAGCCGUUUUAGAAUCUCAAGGUUACCCGCAAGGUCAUUUUGAACAGUCUUCUCCAGUUACUCCAGCCACAGCACCUAUGGCAGGGCAACCUGUUAUUUCUUUACCACCUGGUGGACAAGCUGCCAGUUAUGCGCCGCCGGCAUUUUUAGUACCACCACCACAAUUCAUACCUCCCCAAACGGCACCUCCUAGUAUAAUUAAUUACGUUCCUGGUCCAAACGGACCAACAUUUUCACCAAACUUUCAAGGUUAUCAGGGAUAUAAUCCUUCAGUGCAGCCUCAAGGGCCACCACCACCCCAAGAAUUGUUUCAACCACAAGGGUGUACUUAUUAUAGUCCUGCGCAGCAACAGCAACAACAACAACAAGCGGCUCCUAUGCGGCGACCAAAAGCAGCGAUACCUAUUCUUCCACCGCCCGAUAAUCAACAGAGUAGCAGAGGAAGAGGUAGAAGCACUCAGCAGUAUCAGAAUAAUCAAUCGGGUAGUAAUACACAACAGAUUGAACAACAAAAAAUCAAGAGUGGUAAUGCAGUGGAAAGUGACGAAAAACCAAUGCCAGGACAAUUUGACAGUGCGCAAAUUGAGCAGUCAUACACACCGGAUCAAGAAUCCCAAAAGAAUCAAGUUUCAGACAUCGUUAGAACAGUGAAUGAAGCUGAGAAAAAGGUAGAAAUAAAUACCGACGUCGAUAAUCGUAUCAACGUUAACGUUUUUAUUCAAAAAGAUAGCUUGGAGGAUAGCGUCAGUGUGAAAGAACUGUUAGAAGCAACUUCUAACGAAAAAAAUACGAUUGCAGACAGUCCGACGACGUUAGCCGUCGUUGAGACUGAACGCGAAUUAGGUAAUAUUGAAUCCGCAAUUCCUGAGAGUACCAUUGUGGAAAAAGCUGCAGCCUAAAAAGAGGUAAUUAUUAUUUGCGCUUUGCAUUCAUACACAGCGAUCGUGUUCUUUCAACUUGUUGCAAGUUGGACAGAUGAUUGUCGAUCUGCAAAUUAUGCAGUUGAGGAACAUUGCUUCUUAUUAACUUAUGGAAAUAUCAUAUUUGUAUUAAUAAUAUCCAAAUAGCAGCUUUAUAAUGCUGACGUUAUUGCUUGGUAUAUGAAAUAACGAUGAGUUUUUUUUCAUAUGUAAAGUCUAUUUACAUAACUGGUCAUUAUUUAGCGAAAGACAUUAUCAUGUAAUAUACUCGGCAGCUGCGCGGGCCAUGUGACUGUGACAUGAUAUAUUAAAAUUGAUAUAAUUCUAUAUAUACAUAUAUAUAAAUAUAUAUACUUUUUCAAUGUUAUGACUACCUACAGUGCAGAUGUUUGUAGUUAUAAUAUUAACGAAAUAUAUUUCAUUAAACAACAUGUAAGUUGUGCAUCUCUUGGUACAUGUAGAGAAAUAAUUUUGUACUCAAUCAGGUUAACAGCAACAUUUAAUUUAAGGGAUAUAUCUGUUUUCUA